UCUCGUUUGACUGUAGUAUUUGUUACUAAUUCGUUCAAUUGUUACGUGUCAUAUGAGGUUACCCUGUGUAAAGUUAAUAAUUUUCCAAAGAAAACGUAAAUAAUAGAGUGUCGUGUCCGAAUUGCGUCGUUUAAUUAAUUCCCAUUCACCAUGGAUAUUCCACCGACGCAAGUAUACGAAGCUGAUGAUUUUACACCGACACAGAAACUAUCUCAAUCCAUGCCACAUAAAGUCAGAGAAAAAGAACUACAAAUCGGAAUAUUGACUGUUGGUUGUAAUGUGUACCCAAUUAAGGAGGGAAUUAACAAAAUUGGUAGACAUCCGGAAUGUAAUAUCAUACUGAAUGAUCAGACGGUAUCUAAGAAUCACGCAGAAAUCGAGGCUAAUAGCGAUGAAACAUCUGCGUGGAUUUGCGACCUGCAUUCUUCAAAUAAAACAAAGCUCAACAAUUCAAUUAUGAGGCCUGGUCGAUGCUACGAACUCAAAGAUGGAAGUGUCAUCCAGUUCGGUAUGGUGUGCGCUGUGUACAAAGUCAACUGUUCAAUGGAUGAAUCCCUGAUCCUAGAAACUCCGGCAUCAUGUCGCCUGAAGAAGCAACAAAUGGUCAUUCCGGGAACACCAGACUCGUCUAUGAACAAUUCGUCCACAAUGGAAAACAUUUCUAUAAUCCCUGGGACUCAAGCCGACAAUGGAGAUUCCGUAUUUCGACGACCAUCCUUAUCUAACAGGAGGUCUACUAGCAACCGGAAGAGUUUCAUCCAAGACUUCUCCAUCGACGACAGCAUGAAUGAUUCUCGAAACGUCUCCGUGCAGGGAAAAGAACACGUGGACGAACGGAGGGUCAGUAUUCACGAUAUGGAAACGCUGAAGUCGUCCGAAUCGCAGGACGAAACCAAUGUCGACAUCCACGAUGUUGAAACUCAAAAGAUCUCCUUAAGUAGCUUUAGAGCUGGUAAUGUCACUAAUAUUCAUGAUGUGGAGACACAACACGAGGAGGACAAAGAAAUUGAAGGCAAUGUCACUAAUAUUCAUGAUGUAGAAACGCAACACGAUAUAGAUAUUCAUGAUAUGAAGACACCAAAAACAAUUGGGGUUCAUAAUGUUUUAGCUAAAGACGGUCGUGAAAGCAUCGAAGAUGUAGAAAAGCGUAAAAUAGAGGGGCAGAAUAAAUAUUGUACUGACGAGAAUGUUGGGACUAAGAAAAUGUUAGCUACAAAAGCUAAAGAUUUCGCGCAUGCUGAACAGGCAGAGAUUGUCCAACCAAAUUCGCAAGAAUAUUUUCAAUUAUCUCUGACUACGAAUUUUGAUGGCGAGUGCUCAGAACUCGAUAGAAGUCGUAAUCUUCUCGGAUCGCAAAAUUUAUUAGAGAACUUUAUUGGAGAUGAUAAUCCAGAGAACGAGUCAAGAUCGAAAUCAUCGACACCUGUGAAAUCCCCGACUCUAAACAACAAUGAAACAACCAACAGAAGCAGUGACGAUGAGAACAUAUUUGAUGCAGUAACACAGGUGAAAGUCACGGAGGAAAACAUUUCCAAGACUGUAACACAGCAAGUUAACGCGUUUGAAGCUUCUUCGAUGGACGACGAUUCUGAUGAAACUGAUCAAGAGGGCGUGUUUCAAACAUACUCGCGAAUUGCUAGUCAGGAUAGCAGUCAAAAUAGAAAUCAUUCGCAAAGUAAAUCUGACAGCGAUAGUUCUGAUACGGAUGAAGAAGGACGUUUUACAGAGAUGGCUUUAAAAGAAAAACGAACAGCGUCUUUAUCCUUUGAAACUCGACAGAAUGAAAGUAAACUAACUAAGAACGAUACUGGAUCAAGCCGAGAUUCUGAUGACAUGUUUAAUACACUCACGCAACAAGUGAAUGUGAAGAAAGAGGGUUCUUCAAAGAUACAGAGUGAAAUCAGUAAAUGUGAUGUAGAUUUUGAUACACCAACUCAAGUAAUCGAAGUGAACAAACCUGAAAAUAAUAUAAGACUAGAGGAAGACACAAAGAAGAAGGAUAUAGAUUAUUUAGCAGCAACACAAGUUCUACCAAGCAGUGAAACUUCCAUAACUGUAGCAAAACAUAAGACUCCAUACAGUGAAGAAAAGAACGAUAAUGAAAUAGAGUACAACACGCCUACCCAAAUAAUUACAGAGAAUGUUUUAAUCUCUAAUAAUCCAUCACUUAGUAAUUCUGAUCAGUUAAAUCCAAAUGUAGUAGAGGAGUGCAGCAUUGAGGACAUUGAUUAUGAAAUGGCCCCUACUCAGUUGCUUCGUGACUGUGAAGAAAAAAUAUCUGUAUCAAUUCCUGGUAGUAACAAGAUAUCAAAGAAAUCUAACAAAGUGAAUUUAAAUGAUACUUUAGAAAAAAAUCUGAAUAAAAUGUUUGAUAGUGUCAAUGACGAGGACAUGGAAGAUCAACCACAGAUAUCGACUCAGGUCCUUACAAGUAUAUUACAAGCAUCACAGAGUGAUGAUAAACCGACAAGCUUUAAAGAAUCACAAGAAAGUAGUAAAACAGACAAAUCUGUCACAGGGGAAAAAGGUGAAGAACCCGUUGCUGAGUCAGUUUCACCUUCAUUAUCAACUACAAAGCUACGUGAUUCUAAGUUGCCGAAUAGAACUACUCAAGACUCACAAAAUUAUUUUUCCAAUCUUGUGUCAAAAAGAAAACGUAAUAUUAUAGUAGAUUCGCCAAAUCGUGUUACACUUGGUGAAGAUACAUCUGAUAAUAAAAAAGGAAUUGCAGGAAAAUCAGUAGACGAUAGCAUCACAAACGAGAAAGAUAAUACUUCUGAUACGUUAUUGAGCUCUACACCCAAAAGUUUAUUGACCCCAAGAUCCUCAAAAAGAAAUAAAACUAAAAAGUCAAACGAAUCUAAAAUAGAUCUGGGAAGGACAAGCAUAUCAAAUAGUAACGAAAAUGUUUCGGAAGUAUCUAACAAAGAUGAUCAAGUAUCUGUUACAACAGUUGAUACAGGACAACCUCGAAAGGCCUUCAUGAUACUAGAAUCAGAUGAAGACUUUUUGGCAGGGUUACCUGAGGUUCAAAUUUCAGGGACGUUGUCCAAUCCACCAAGUCCAACUUCAUCAACAUCAACCGAAUUUAGAUUGAAUACUACAGGCAUGAAGUCAAAACAAAGUUCGAAAAAAGCAGAACCUAAAAAAAGAGUAGCCCCAAAAAAGUCGACGCGAAGAUCACUUACUCGUAAAAACACAGAAGAAAACAAAUCUCGUAGUAUUGACAAAUCAAACUAUAAAACAGAUUUGGAUAUUUUCAGAAAUGUUGAUGUCGACAGAGUGCUCAUAACGGUACAUGAAAGUGAUGACGACAGAGAGAAUGAAAUUAAAUCAGUGAGGACCUCUUCACGUAAAUUUAAAAAGAGUGAAUCUCUGCAGCAAAAAUCGAGUCCUUCCGUUGCUUCGCAGAAACAAGUCACACGUAGUAUUUCCAUUCAGAACAACGCAAGGACUCGUGCUUCUAGCAAAGAAAAUGUUGAUCGUUUAUCCAUUUUUCAGGUUGACAAAGAAGUUCCGAGUUCAAAUAAAGCUACCGAGUCUGAAAAAAAAACCACUUUAGACACAUCGCGUAGUAGAAAGAGAUUACUUAACACGGCGGACAGAACGGAAAGUAAUAAUGCGAAAAAGCGUAAAGAAGAUGAUAAUGGAAAAAGGUCUCUGGCUAGCAGAGGUAAAGUCCAUAAUACUAGAAGGAUUGUCGUUAACAGAAAGAAUUCUGCAAAUAUUCUUGACUACGUAACCGAAAGAAGUUCACCAGUGGACGUCAAAACUUCGGAUAGCUCGCAGCAGUCAGUUGGGAGCAGUCAAGACAGUUCAGCAUCUAAGCAAUUGGUAGUAAAAAUUAUCAGGUUGUCUUCGAGUACUCCAACAGAGACAUUGUCUCCAAGUACACCUACAGAAUUAAUGCAGGAUAGACGUAUGAGUGUCAACCAUCCCAGUGUUAUGAACAAUUCGCCUAGAACAGAGAAUAAUAAAACUGCUGAAAAUAGAGAAACAAAAAGAAAUAAGAAUAGAAAAGCAAUAAAUAAACGUCAACUUAAGGCAGAAGAUAUGAGUUCUCAAGUUGGAGAAGAAUCACAGGAAGUGGAAAUGAUUAUGAAUUCUUCGCUCAAAGAACAAUGUGGCAGCUUAAACGUCGAGAGAAAAGAAGAUUCAGCUAAAAGUACAAGUACCAGAACGAGAAGUACUAGAGCACGUAGAAACACAAAUGUUCACACCAAUUUGGAUGCCACAGACGGCACGUCUUUUUCUUCUGAUAUUUAUGAAUCGGAUAACGCACGUUUCGAAGUGCCUAUGCCUAAAGCCAAACGAACUAAAAUUUCUAAAAAGACUACGAAUAUCGAUGACACUGAUGAAAGAAAUACACCUACUAUAAGGGAAAUGAGAAAUAGUCGUCGUCCGCCAUCCAGAUCAACCAGUAACCAUCAAUAUCCAAUCACAGAUUCUUCCACAGAAGGAGCGACAGAAGCAAAUGAUAAUGAAAUUUCUGUAAAUAAUACUGUGAGCAAAAAAAGUAAUCCUAAAAAGAAAGAAAGGAAACCAAAAACACGAAAGCUUGGAACUGGGAAAAAAAACACUGGUAAUGUCAUAGACGAGGAAACAACGUCUUCGGAAAUGAAUUCUAGCAUAGACAACGUAUUACUUCCUUCAACACCAUUUAGGACACGUAGAAGUAUGUCUAUCCCAUUCUCAACGUCAUCACCAUAUAAAGAAAAACAUAAAAUUUUAUUUACUGGUAUUUCCAAAGAUUACAGCAAGUUAUUAGCAAAGUUGGGUGCAUCUCAAGUUGAAGAUCCAACAAAAUGUAGUGUAUUGGUCACAGAUAAAGUUCGAAGAACAGUUAAGUUUUUAUGUGCGUUAGCACAAUCAGUGCCUAUAGUUGCAGUCAAUUGGUUGGUUGACAGUGAAAAAUCUGGGCAUUUUCUAGAGUUGGAUAAUUAUAUAUUGAAAGAUCCAGUUACAGAGACUAAAUUUGGUUUCAUUUUACGAGAAAGCCUGCAUAAAGCAAAGAAACAGAAACUGUUAGAUGGUUAUACUAUUGUGUUAACGCCGAAUGUGGCGCCACCGCCAUUACCCGAACUGAAAAGUAUAAUUAGUUCAUGUGGUGGUAAAGCUUUAGUUCGACCACCAUCAUCGUGGCCACAGAAAGCAGUCAUCGUUUCUCGUAAGGAAGAUUUAGCGAACGCGAAGAAAUUUCUCGCAAAAGCUCCAAAAACCGUCACUGUACAAUCAACAGAAUUGAUACUAACUGGUAUUCUACGACAAGAAUUAGAUUUUGUUAAAUACAAUUUAAUGUAAUUGGUUACAGAUCUAUUAUACAUAUA